GCAUUCUCCUGCCCGGCUGCCCCCAGUCCUGAAGCAGCUCGCCUGUGAAGGUUUCUCUCCCCACACUCCAGGGACAGACGACUUCACUCAGUGUAGGGUGCUGUGCAUGCAGAGCAUUCCCCCGUGACUUCAUUCAUUUGGACUAAUGUUAGCCUGCACCUGAGGGUCUAUUCUAUAAGAGAUAGCAACUCCUGGGAGAUGAGACUACUCUGUGUCCUCAUUUUACUUGCCUGUCUUAAUGGCCUACAAGGGACGGAGGGCAAGAAGGAAAAUGGCAAGAAGGCCAAGAGCAAAUCCAACUCAAAUUCAGGGGAGCUUACAACAAAAGACAAUCAUAGGUGCACCUGGGAGACCUCAGGUGAGGUGGACGUCAGCCUCCUCGUAAACUGCAACCUGCAAGACAAGACCUACUGGUGCAGGUAUGCUGGUCAGCCAGACCUGUGCCCGAGUUAUCGAACCAAACCGAGCCAGUUUUGGAAGCAGGUCGUGGGGAGACUCAAAAAGAAGAGAAACGCCUGUGAGGGGGACAAAAUCCUUAAAACUAGGAUGUGCAAAAAGGCUCCAGACGAGGCGCAGAUGAAGCUCUCUCAAAACAGCAGUCCAGAUGAGAGUGUGCCAGAGAAAGUCAAAAGCAAAGGGAGCAGCAAAAAGAAGGAGGUCACUCCAGAGGUAAGCAGCAAGAAAAAGGAAAAGAAAGCACCCAUACCUGAACCACAAGAUCUUGGAGAGGUAAAUGACGACAACACAGAGUCGGAAGUAGAGCCCAUUGAGAACUACUGUGCAGAGGGCUGGGAUUCGUUCUGCCGAAUUUUUGUCAAGUUAUUUAAUGGCUGAAACACAACUAAAAGCCCCUGCUUUAACUACCUGAGACCUUUUGUUUUUACUUGCUAAAAAGUCUUAAACAAAUUUUAAUAAGAAUUAGCAGUCUGCUGAUUUAUAUAUAUAAAACUUUGUAUAUAUACUGUGUUUGAUUAUAUGGUGAAUUAAUUUUUAAAACACGUUCAAAUGUGUGCCUAACAUUGCUUUUUUUGUACUUGUUAUAAUCAAAAAGUUCUUUACGUAUCAAUAAACAAUUUAUAGUUUUACA